AAAAUGGAGAAGAGAGGAGUUCAACUAGACCAAGAUAACUUAUCUUGUUCCAUCUGUCUGGAUAUUCUAAAGGAUCCGGUGACUAUUCCCUGUGGACACAGCUACUGUAUGAACUGUAUCAAAGACCACUGGGAUAGAGAGGAUCAGAGGAGAACCUACAGCUGCCCUCAGUGCAGGAAAGCUUUUAUACCAAGGCCUGUCCUGGAGAAGAACUUCACGUUAGCUGCUUUAGUGGAGGAUCUGAAGAAGACUGGACUCCAAGCUGCUCCAGAUGAUCUCUGCUAUGCUGGACCUGAAGAUGUGGCCUGUGAUGUCUGCACUGGAAGGAAGAUGAAAGCUGUUAAAUCCUGUUUGGUUUGCUUGGCUUCUUAUUGUGAGAAACACCUCCAACCUCACUAUGAUGUUCCACCAUUAAAGAAGCACAAGCUGGUGAAUCCCUCCAAGAACCUCCAGCAGAACAUCUGCUCUCGUCAUGAUGAGGUGAUGAAGAUCUUCUGUCGUACUGAUCAGCAGUGUAUCUGUUAUCUCUGCACUAUGGAUGAACAUAAAGACCAUGUAACAGUCCCAGCUGCAGCAGAAAGGGCUGAGAAGCAGAAGGAGGUCCAGGUGAGACGACAACAAAUCCAGCAGAGAAUCCAGGACCAAGAGAAAGAUGUGAAGCUGCUUCAACAGGAGCUGGAGGCCAUCAAUGUAUCUGCUGAUAAAGCAGUGGAGGACAGUGAGAAGAUCUUCACUGAGAUGAUCCGUCUGAUCCAGAAAAGAAGGUCUGAUGUGAAGCAGCAGAUCAGAUCCCAGCAGGAAACUGAAGUGAGUCGAGUCAAAGAGCUUCAGGAGAAGCUGGAGCAGGAGAUCACUGAGCUGAAGAGGAAAGACGCUGAUCUGGAGCAGCUUUCAGACACAGAGGAUCACAACCAGUUUCUCCUCAACUACCCCUCACUGUCAGCUCUCAGUGAGUCUACACACUCAUCCAGCAUCAAUAUUCGUCCUCUGAGAUACUUUGAGGAUGUGACAGCAGCUGUGUCAGAGCUCAGAGAGAAACUACAGGACAUCCUGAGAGACACAGGGACAAACAUCUCACUGACAGUCACUGGAGUGGAUGCUUUACUAUCAGAACCAAAGACCAGAGCUGCAUUCUUAAAAUAUGCAAGCGAGAUUGCACUUGAUCCCACCACAGCAAAUAGGAAGCUGUUUUUAUCUGAGGGGAACAGAAAAGUAACAUUAGUGAACAAGCAACAGUCUUAUCCUGAUCAUCCCAUCAGAUUCACUGACUGGUUUCAGGUUCUGAGUACAGAGAGUCUGACUCGACGUUGUUACUGGGAGGUGGAGUGGAGAGGAGGAGGAGAAGGAGGUGUUGUUGUAGCAGUUUCGUACAAGAACAUCAGGAGAGGUGGGUGGUCAAAGAAAUGUUUAUUCGGAGCCAAUGACAUUUCUUGGUCAUUAUGUUGUGACACAAACUGUUGUGCAUUUUUUCACAACAACAUUAAAACUCCAGUAUCAGGUCCAGUUUCCUCCAGAAUAGGAGUGUACCUGGAUCACAGAGCAGGUAUUCUGUGUUUCUACAGCGUCUCUGAAACCAUGACUCUCCUCCACAGAGUCCAGACCACAUUUACUCAGCCUCUAUACGCUGGUAUUAGGCCUUACCUGUUUGGAUCUUGUGCUGAGUUAAUUAAACUGAAAUAG